UCACGCUUGAGACUGUGCAAAUUGUGAGAAAUGUUUUGCAAAAAUAAGGGAAUCGUUGAAACGUGUGUGUAUAAGUGUUAUUUUCUAUAGUCCGCCUCUUUUUUGAUAAACUAUAAUGAGUAAAGCAAAUCCUUUAGUCGGAUUGAUUGGGUACGGAGACUCUGAUGAAAGUGACGAUGAAGUGCCUGCGAGACCUGCUGAGAAGUUGUCAAGGGCCCAGCCCCCAGAGCCGAGUGCUGCGGCACAUGAGCCCAACCCAGGGGUGCACCCUGCACCUAUACCUCAUUGUGCGUGGUCAGCAUGUUACGAUGAGAGCAGCGGCUUCACCUACUACUGGAACCAGCACACUAAUGCGGUCACUUGGGAAGCCCCACAGGAAUACUUGAUGGCAUUGAAGUUGGCACAACAUCAGUUGCAUGCUUCAGGUUCAGCAGAAGUAUCAGCAGAAGAGUGGCAGCUGUACCAGCAGACCCUAGCCGAGAAACAGACACAGGCCAAACCGAAGAAGCCGGACCAUGCCAAGCCAAAGACUGUAGUCAAGAAUGGUGCCAAGCGGAAACCGGGCAGUGAUGAUGAACAUGAAAAAAUAGAACUAAUAACAUCUUACCACAACUCUGACUCUGAAUCCAACGAUGAAGACACCCCAGCCAAGGCAUCCAAGCCUGUAGCCCACCCAGCCAAGCCCACAGUCCCGAAGAACCCACACAAGAAACAGAAGACCAAGCCCGUUGAGUACGGACCGAGCUUGCCCAGCGACCAGAACUAUACUGUGCCGAUUGGCCCUGAGCUGCCUCCGGGGAUGGUGGUUGAGCCGGUGGUGGACGAUAAGACACAAGCAAAGACACCGCCUUUAGCAGAAAUUGAUGAUAGCUUAGAAGAAAAAACAUUAUUCAUGAGAUUAAAGGAAAAAGCCAAAUUAUUAGAAAAACUUGGUGGAGAAAUACCAACAGAAUUGCAGAUAAUGAUUAAAGAAGAUACAAAGGUCGCAUCUCCUAAAGUUGUGGAUGAAACUAGCAGAGACAGCAAAAUUGACAAUAUUGAUGAUUUGUUAGAUGAGAUUGAAAAGAAAGAGUUGCCAAAAGUUAAGUCUAAGAAGACUGAUAUGUUUGGUGAAGAUUCAAAUAGUGGUAAAAAUACGCCUGUAGGUACUCCACCUAGAGAAGUAAAGCCUCUAUUCCCAAGUAGCAAAGCUAUAGAAGAGACACCACCACUACCAUCAGUUCCUGCUACUACUGUAGUUGAAAAUGGUGUAGAAAAACCAGAAAUACCAGAAAAGAAAGUUAACCUAUACUUGGCAGACACAGAAGUAAAAGAAAGCCGCAAAAAGCUAAGGAUUGAUAAUUCCAUCCUUCCCGAAAGGAAGAAAACUGAAGUCCCAGCUUACACUACUAAAUAUUCGCAAUAUAUAGAAGGUUUUUCAAGUGAGAGAACCGGAUUAGGUUUUAAAGAAGAUGACAAUGAAAGUCCAAAAGUGGCGACUGUCAGUUAUGGAAACGGUUUGUCAUUUACUAAAGGGGAAGUUCUGAAUGAAGAUAAGCGGGAUGAAGAUUUGGAUUCGAUGUCUGAUUUGGUGGAAGCCAAGUUGAAGUUUUUGAAUGAGGUGCAACCCUGUCAGGUGCCUCCCGUGCAGGAGAUGUUGAUACAAUGGCAGACGCUGGUGUCGGCGUACUCGACGGGCGCGCUGUCGGCGCCGUACUGGCGGCGCUGGGUGCGCGCCGGCGAGCACGCGCUGCGCCAGCUCGAGCAGCGCGCCGCGCCGCCCGGCUGGAGCACCGCCUUCCAGAGGUCCGAGGGGCGCUACCGCUACCGCCGCGAGGCCGACGGCUUCACGCAGUGGGAGUACCCGGCGGCCGAGACCAUGGACAUGGAGAUAUGCACCACACCACCUCCCGAGGAACCUAAGGAACCGGUGCAGCCCCCCCUGCCGCCGCCGCUGCCCCCGGCGACGCCGCCCCCGCCCCCCGCACCCCGCGCUCCCCCCGCCGCACCCCGCGCGGCCACCCCGCCCCCGCCGCCGCCGCCCGCGUGGCGCGACCCGCCGCCGCCCGGCACAGACGACCCGCCGCCGCUGCCACCGGAACCAAAGAAAGAGAUAGGCGACGAGCUCCUCUCGUUCUAUACCGACAUCGCCGAGUUAGAGAAGUCGACCCCGCCCCCGGUGCCCGCCUCGCCCGAACAUCCCCCUCUGCCGAUGGAGCCGGUGGAACUGAAAGAAUCUAAAGAAAAGGAAACUAAGACUUCGAAAAAGAAAUCUAAGGUGAAGAUAUCGUCCUCAAUCGGGCUCAAACACAAAACAGUGUCAAGCAUGGUGGCUAAAUGGCAGCAGGUCGCCGACGAGAUACACUCCGACUAGACUACACAAUUACCCAUUCAUAUGUCUAUUAUUAUAUGUCUAUCGUGCGCGGCGCGCCGUGAACCUUAUCGCAAUGCACGAAGGUUGAUAUUAGACUGCAGCCGCGCGCGUCAGUUGACGUGUUUAGCGUUCAAAUAGUAGUUUAUGUGACUGCUACAUAAUGAAAGGCAUUAAAACUCGAGUGUGGGUUUAUGAAACGAACGAAGUGAGUUUCAUAAUAGAAUCACACGAGUGUUUUAAUGCCUAAUUAUGUACAGUUACAUACACUGCUUUAUCUACACACAUAUUAUAAACUUUCUAUGAUAUAUUCACUAACCUCAUAUUACAACCGGCAUUGGGGCAUAAUUACUCUAUGGCGGAAUUCGCGGAUAUGGAGGUGGCGUCUCUGAAAUAUCUUUAUCGCACAUUUUACACAAAACUUUUGCUAGUUACUUUAAAAACAACAAAACAAAUUAUUUUUUACUUACAAACUAAUUAAAAGAUAAACUGCACGUCAAAUGGCGGCAAAGGAAACUUUUUUCACGCAUCUCACGCAUCCGUAGUUUUUUUUAUUCAGAGAUAAACUAGAGUGGGGGUCUAUUGCCAUAUCGUUCGGUACCAACUAACAAGCGAGAUUUGUCAAAAUUGUAUGCAAUUGACAUUUCAUUUCGAAUAAAACGUCGUUUCGACUGAUAUUAGAAUAGAGGUCAAAUCAAAUUUCUUUGUUUUUCAGAGAUGUUCGGAUUUUGAAGGCAUCAUAGAGGGUUUAUGAUAUGUGUGUAGAGUAAAAGUGUUUUUUUCAACCGUUAGCCAUUUUUUGCAAGGUCAACUGAUCAACUUUUACUAUGGGACCGAUCCCGGAAUCGCGAAGAAAAAAGUAUCCUCCUAAGAGCGUUUUCACAUUGUCCUCGUCCUCACCGAUAUCACAAAAAUCGAAAGUUCGGUUUCUGCCUCUCUAUCACUCUUACAUAUUCGAUCGAUAGAGAGGCAGACAACGAAAUUUCGCGUUUCGCGGUAGGCCACCUGUAAACAAACCGCCUUGAUGCACCAAUGUCAUAGUGAAAACUUGUCAAAAAAACUGUUUAUGGAAUAGUAUGUAUAAGUUACUCUAUGGUUUAGGAUGUGCGCUAGUGCUGCACUCUGGCGGCAGAACAUUGCAGUAAUAUUAUAUGAAAUAUUAUUGCGAUAUUAAGAUGGUUCUCUAAUAAAAGAUGUUCAGUAUUUCCUAUAUUACCAUGGUCAAGUGUGGCUAACGUGUUAAACAAACACGAUAUACUUACAAGUAAUUCCUUUUUUUUUUUCAAUUAUAUUUUUGGCAACUUUUUUGUUUAACCACUUAUACAGCAGUAAAUUAAGUAAAGAUCAAUUAAUUUUAUCUCUUUAGAUAUAUAUUCGAACAACCUAAGUAGUUAUCUAGAGAUUUAAAUAAUUUUGUAAACAUAAAAAUGAUAUACGAACAUAUAAAAUACCGUGAGAUUUUGACUACAAGCGCAUGGCGGAUGCAUUUUGUACAGAUAUUUAUGGUAAUACGUAACUGUAGUUAGGUAUGUAAAUAUUAAUAA